AAAGGGCCUUCCUUUGGCAACUCCGGAGCCGCCUUCUUCUUCUUCUUCAGACCUCGAAGAUUUCACCUUUCGAGUCCGAUCGACGCCGCCGUCGAUCGGCCUUCCUCCAGAUCUGCUGCUCCUCCGUCCUCGGCGUCGCCCGAAUCUCCGCCGGCUCGAGUAGGGGCGGCGGCCGCCCCCCCGGGUCCAUUCCGCGCCGCGUGAUUCCCCCUCGCCGGACUGAAACUUGGACAGCGCUGAAAUUUGUCUUCUGAAAUGGGAGACAGCAAGUUACCUCCCGAGUCUCCGAAAGGAAACCCGGAUCAAAAUCCUAACCAAAUUUCGCCGCCCGACAAUACUGAGAAGUCGCUUGAUAGCAUCAUUAGGGAGUUCAAUGACUCGGUCUCUGUCGGCAAGAAGCACAAGUUUUGGGAAACCCAGCCGGUGGGGCAGUACAAGGAUCUUGGGAACUCGAGCUUGUCCGAGGGCCCGAUCGAGGCCCCGACCCCAUUGUCUGAGGUCAAGCAGGAGCCGUAUAAUCUUCCGAGCCAGUAUGAGUGGACCACCUGCGACCUGGGCUCCGAGGAGACAUGCACUGAGGUCUACAACCUUUUGAAGAACAACUAUGUAGAAGACGACGAGAACAUGUUUAGGUUCAACUAUUCGAAGGAGUUCCUCAGGUGGGCUUUGCAUCCUCCGGGGUAUUACACGAGCUGGCACAUUGGUGUUCGUGCUAAAGCUUCCAAGAAGCUCGUCGCUUUCAUCACUGGUGUGCCCGCCAGAAUUAGGGUGAGAAAUGAAGUAGUUAAGAUGGCGGAGGUUAACUUUUUGUGUGUUCAUAAGAAGCUUAGAUCGAAGAGACUAGCACCUGUCCUAAUUAAGGAGGUUACGAGAAGAGUCCACUUGGAGAAUAUUUGGCAGGCAGCUUAUACAGCUGGUGUGGUUCUUCCAACCCCGAUCACAACUUGCCAGUACUGGCAUAGGUCCUUGAAUCCAAAGAAACUCAUUGAUGUCGGAUUUUCGAGGCUUGGUGCUAGGAUGACUAUGAGUCGAACUAUAAAGCUUUAUAAGUUGCCAGAUUCAACAGCCUCCCCUGGUUUCAGAAAAAUGGAGCUUCGCGAUGUCCCUGCUGUUACCCGUUUGCUCAGGGACUACUUGGCCCAAUUUGCGGUUGCCCCUGAUUUUGACGAGAACGAUGUGGAGCACUGGCUGCUUCCAACUGAAAAUGUGAUCGACAGUUACGUCGUGGAAAGUCCUGACAGUCAUGAUAUUACCGACUUCUGCAGCUUCUACACUCUUCCUUCAUCUAUACUCGGGAAUCAGAAUUACUCGACCUUGAAAGCUGCUUAUUCUUACUAUAAUGUCUCGACCAAGACUCCUUUACUACAGUUGAUGAAUGAUGCGCUUAUUGUCGCAAAACAGAAAGAUUACGACGUUUUUAAUGCUUUGGAUGUCAUGCAUAAUGAAUCUUUUCUGAAGGAGCUUAAAUUUGGUCCUGGUGAUGGGCAACUCCACUAUUAUCUUUAUAAUUACCGGUUAAGAGAGGCGCUGAAGCCCUCAGAGCUUGGCCUUGUUCUCUUAUAAAUGGUACAUCGAAGACUUUCGGUGGAAAAGGAAAAGAUCGCACUGCUUAUGCUGCUGGACCGCUCCCUAGAUUGGUUGGUGGUUUUGUUCCUUUAUACCCGAGAAAUGUGUUUUUGCAGUGCGACUAGGAGACUCCACAGUGCUUUCUAUUCUGUUGAAAGAAUUAACUUUUGAGACUGGAUUUUAAUUUCAUUUGGCGUGUUAUUCUUCCCCUUGAA